GUGGAGGGGAGUUUUGACACAGGAGUGGGAAAAGAGAGAGAGGGAGAGUUUGGACUGUGUAUAUCCCCAGGGGAGAUGCACACGGCCAAUGUCUGGGUUUCCAUAAACAUCUAAGAGCGUAUCUGCAAGGCAGCUGCGUGGAUCAACAGAGCUAAGCCUAAAAUACAAGCUUUAAUUCCAGUUUAAAUGCCAGUUUAGCAGCAGACGUACUACAUAUUUCCAGCAUUGAAUACAAAGGUUAGAAAAGUCUCGUUUUGAUGAUGAAAAUAGUCGAGACAAUCUGAACAAAGAUCCUGAACAGAGAACCAGAAAUGACAGCCGAGGCAGCCAAGGAACUCGACGAGCUAUGUUUCCUGUCAGCACAGUCCCUGCCCAGUCUGAAGGUGUCGAAGCACUUUCAGGUGCUGAAGCUCCUGGGAGAGGGAUCGUAUGGAAAGGUCAUGCUGUCAUUGCACAGGAAGAGAGGAACUCCGAUGGCUCUGAAGUUCUUCCCGCGGAAGUCCACCUCGCUCACCUCUUUCCUGCGGGAAUACAACCUCUCCCUCGCUUACUGCACCCAUCCCUCUCUGACCAGGGCCCUUGGCAUCUUCUUCUCCACGCCGUCCUACUAUGUUUUUGCCCAGCAGGCCUGUCUGUACGGGGACCUCUACAGCGUUGUUGUGUCAGAGGCCGGUGUGGACGAGGACUGCGUCCAGAGGGUGAUGUCCCAGCUGAGCGGCGCUGUCACACAUCUUCACUCCCUGGGGUUCGUUCACCGCGACAUCAAGCCCGAGAACAUCUUCCUGUGCGACAGGUCCUGUCGCUGGGUCAAACUGGGCGACUUUGGCCUGACCCGAGCCAUCGGCACCACGGUCCGAGCCGUUUGGUACGAGUCUCCGUUUUGCACCCCUGAGGUCGAGCCCGAAAAGGCGCUUGAGAAAGAGAUGGAGAGGAGGAUCGGGGAGGGGAUGGAGGUGGAAGAGGUGGAGGCGCAGCUGGAGGACAUCUGGGUAACAGUGCAGCCCGCUAUUGACAGCUGGGCCCUUGGCGUGCUCGUCUACUGCCUGCUGACCGGCUGCUUCCCCUGGGAGGAGAGCACGCACGACGACCCCGGCUACCGCAAAUACAAGGCGUGGUUUGACCGCCAGGCUGAAAAAGACGAGGACGAAGCGGGGUGUAUUCAGGAGGCUGACAGUUACCAAAUCAUGGAGCAGAAGCAGAAAAGCAACCCUCCUCCCUCACAGUUUGAGGGCCUCAGCCCGCUAGCGAUGACUCUUUUAAAGGAGCUUCUUCAUCCCGACCCCAGACAGAGAGGGAGCCCGGAGGAGAUCCUCAGCUACCUGGGCGGGCCUUGGCUCAUGGAGACCGCGAGAGAGGAGCAGAGGAGGACGGAGGAGGCCGAGAAGGAGGCCAGGAGCAUAAGAGAAAGAGGAGGCGUGGAGGAGGAGCUCCUCAGAGAAGGAAGAGGAGAGAGAUGAGUUUUGUAGAUGAUGCUUCGAUUCAAAUGUACAAGGUGCUGCUUUUUACACAUGUCUGUAAAUAUCCUUCAUUCACUGCUAUAAAUAAUGUUGGUUUGUUUUGUGUGUGUUCUUGUGAAUGAAUUGCCUAGGAAGGAUUUGAAUUUGGUCAGAUGAUCAGCUCUUUUGUGUUGCGUACAAACAGCUCUGGUAAAAGCGUUUUAAUAAAAAAUUAUUCUUCAAGAAUUUCUUUCACCUUU